UACCGAUUCCAGAAACUAUUUCCAUUUUCAAGGUCCACUUCUGAUUGGCGUAUUUAUAAAUGGCUGCCCACCUGGGGUCUAGAGCUAUGUAUUCCACCAAAAUACAACUCUUAUGACGUCACGACAUAGCUUCACGUCCAUCGCGAUGAUGUAGGCGUGACAACAAAGGCAGAACAAAAGGGCACAUCCAUGAACGGCUUGGUCUCCUCUCCCGGGCCGGACGGGACUGUCUCUACGUGUGACAAGCAGAAAUUCUAUUUCCCCAAUUUCCAGUUCCAGUGCCAGGUACAAACAAUUACUAAGGGAACCGUAGCAAACAAGCCAUUACGUAGAUAGCUCCAAGAUCUUGGAAUAACAGGAAGCUUCCAUGAUUGUGCUGUCUCCAUUGAAACACCGAUCUUCAUGGUAUUUCAGCUUUAGCUGGUCCUUUCAUUCCAACUCUUUUCUCUUUUUAUACCUUUUCGAUUAUCAGAUGAAAUCAGCUUGGUCUGGUUGCAGCAGUUACUCGCGUGCUUCUAAUUGAACUCUACUCCAUCACAUUGACAAUGUUCCGUACCUCAUCUCGCUCCCUUUGGGGCAUUGCCUCGAGAGCUUCUUCCAAUAGAGCUUCGCAAUUCCUCCCCCGUGCAUCGAUUGCGCCUCUUUUGCGUCAACAGCGCGCCGUAUACUCUAGCAAAUCCGACGACGAGAAUCCUCCUCCGCCCAAGCAGCCCAUUGACAUUGAAGCUGAGCGCAAGCGGGGACAAGAGCUCCUCCAAUCCAACCCAAGCGUUGUUUCAUCUAAGAGUUCAGUCGCCAAUGCUGCCUCUACAGCACAGGGCUCCAAGAGCGCUGAUCAGGACAUGACUAACGAGCUCAAGCAUGAUAUUGACGUUGUCAAAGAUACCUUCACCUUCACAGAUGUUCCGCGCGAGUCGAGCAUCCUCGGUUUGGCUGGUACACUGCCCUACCUGGGAACUUCGCUUUCGACCGUCUUCCUCGCUUGGGACUUGAACAAGCCCAUUCCUACAGGCAACACCUUCUACGAUGCUAUUAUGAUCGAUCAUGAAACAGCCAAGUACCUGCUGAGCGUAAUUGAGCCUCUCCAGCUUGGAUACGGCGCCGUCAUCAUCUCUUUCCUUGGCGCUAUUCACUGGGGCCUCGAGUACGCUGAGAAGCAACCCCUUCGUGAACGAACCCGUUUCCGCUAUGGCAUGGGCCUUGCAGCUUCUAUCGUCGCAUGGCCAACUCUUAUGCUCCCCGUAGAGUACGCUCUCACAUCUCAAUUCAUGGCUUUCGUAGCCCUGUACUUUGCCGACUCCCGCGCUGCGACAAAGGGUUGGGCACCUCGAUGGUACGGCUCAUACCGUUUCCUUCUCACAGCUAUGGUCGGCUUUGCUAUCUUUAUCUCCCUCAUCGGCCGCGCCAAGAUCAAGCAAGGCGAUGCCAUCACUGCCAAGGGUCUGAGCGACAACUUCGCCAGGUCUGGUAUUGCUGAUCACAGCACCAACUGGGAGAAGCUAGAGGCUGAGGAGAAGGCUCGCCGACGAAAGCAAAAGGAAGAGGAAGAAAAGAAGGCUAAGGAAGAAGAGAAGAAGAAGAAGGAAGAGGAGAAGAAGGGAAAGAAGAAGAAUGGUAAAGGUGAUGACAAGGUCAAGAAGGGUGACGACAAGAGCAAGGCUUCUGAAGAGGGUGAUAAGAAGGGCGAGCAGAAGAGCGAGAGCAAGGACAAGGAUGCUGAGAAGAAGGAAGAUGGCAAGAAUGAAGAUAAGGACUCUGAGUCGAAGGACGAAGGUGAGUCCAAGGAUGAGGACAAGAAAGCCGAAUCUGAUGAAGAGAAGUCUGACAAGGACGAGAAGUCUGAGGAAUUAUCUGACAAGGAGUCAAAGGACGACUCCGAGCAAAAGUCCGACAAGAAGGAUGAUAAGAAGGACGUUAAGAAGGACAAGUCUGAAGACAAGGAGGACAAGUCCGACAAAAAGAAGGAUGAUAAAUCCAAGGGUGAGAAGGACAAGAAGGAAUAACUUGCUGUCACAAUGGCCAGGUUGAGCUGAAGCGCUUAGCGAUCAUAACGGAGUUCUGGGAUUUACUGUAUUUAUUUCUUACUAGUCGGUUAAUGAAUUGAUGCCACAAGAUACGACGUUUAAACUAUGUUUGACUUGACAAAGACUGGCAUCACGGUUGAAAGA